UCAAGGUUAGAUUCCUAGAACAUGUUUCAACACCUUGCAAUUCUCUGUAAUUCUCACACUCAUAUGUUUCUCAUGGUGGAUUGUAAACUCUAGGGGCAUGGUCUCUGUUGGCUUUAUUGAACUAAGGGAACAGCAGUGGGCUUGGAAAGCCUUGAGUGUAUUAUUAAAGAGAUAAUUAGGAGGUAGAAGAGACAGGAUUUGAUGAUAGAUUGGAUGUAGGGACCAAGGCAGGGAGAAAAGUCUGGAAUGACACUUGGGUGACAUUUGAUCCAAGUACUCAGCACACUGUCUGGUACACAGUAGGUGCUCAAUAAACAUGAAGGAAGGGGCUGGAUCUAUAGAGGGAGUCUCACCAGAUUGUGGAAGUUCCCUUCAGGAAUGAAUGUUUUCCAAAUGGCACUUCAUUCUCAAGCUUUGUGGCCAAUGAUGAUUAGAAGGUAGAUUGUGAUGUGUACAGAACGUGGUACUCUGGGGGAGUUCCGUAACCAAGAGGAAAAAGGAACAACAGCCAGUGGAGACAAAAAGAACUGCUUCUCCUUUCUUUCCCCCUCCAAGUUCCCAGCGGAGGGUUGAGCCCAGCUUCCCAGACUUGUGUGACUACACAGGCAAGCAUUCGGAGACUAACUUCACUUUGGUACCCUAGCCUUCAGUGGCUCAAGGUGUUGGCCUGUCAGUAGACAGGAGGCUUCCAAGUAGCAAAGCUCCCUGUUCUCAGCAAACCCAACACCAUGGGGAAGGGAGAUGCCUUAGAGGCAGCACCAACCACUACAGCCUACCGCUCUGUCAUGGAGGAGUAUGGUUACGAGGUGGGCAAAGUCAUUGGCAAUGGUUCCUAUGGGACAGUGUAUGAGGCUUACUACACAAAGCAAAAGGUCAUGGUAGCUGUCAAGAUCAUCUCAAAGAAGAAGGCCUCUGAGGACUAUCUUAACAAGUUCCUGCCCCGUGAGAUACAGGUAAUGAAAGUCUUGCGGCACAAGUACCUCAUCAACUUCUAUCAGGCCAUCGAGACCACAUCCCGAGUAUACAUCAUUCUGGAGCUGGCUCAGGGUGGUGAUGUCCUUGAAUGGAUCCAGCGCUAUGGGGCCUGCUCUGAGCCCCUUGCUGGCAAGUGGUUCUCUCAGAUGGCCCUGGGCAUCACCUACCUGCACAGCAAGGGCAUCGUGCACCGCCUGACCCCCAGCCUUUCUGCUGCUGGUAGGGACUUAAAGUUGGAGAACCUGUUGCUGGACAAACAAGAGAACGUGAAGAUAUCGGACUUUGGCUUCGCCAAGAUGGUGCCUUCUAACCAGCCUGUGCGUAGUAGCCCUUCUUACCGCCAGCUCAACUGCUUUUCCCAUCUCAGCCAGACCUACUGCGGCAGCUUUGCUUAUGCCUGCCCGGAGAUCUUGCUAGGCUUGCCCUACAACCCUUUCCUGUCCGACACCUGGAGCAUGGGCGUCAUCCUCUACACUCUAAUGGUUGCCCAUCUGCCUUUUGAUGACACCAAUCUUAAGAAGCUGCUGAGAGAGACUCAGAAGGAGGUCACUUUCCCACCUAACUACACCAUCUCCCAGGAGUGCAAGAACCUGAUCCUCCAGAUGCUACGCCCAGCUACCAACCGUGCCACCAUCCUGGACAUCCUCAAGGAUCCCUGGGUGCUCAAGUUCCAACCUGAGCAACCCACCCAUGAGAUCAGGCUGCUUGAGGCCAUGUGCCAGCCCCCGACCACCACUAAUCGUCACCGAUCCUUGGAAAUCACUACUUGAAAAUGGCUGAGGGAGGGGGCUGAGAGAGGAGCAAAGCAGGAGGGUCUGGGGCUAAAAAUCUUUUAUACCAAAAAUAAAUCUGAUUUAGUU